AUGGCGAACUCGGUGCGCGAGGCGAACACCACGAAGGCGAGUCGACAGACGAGCUUUCAUCCCCAACUACGGAUAUGGCCUGUGGACGACUACCAGUACCCUUCAGCCGCCCCGCUUCGCACAACAUCGAAGGUCCGUUGGUCGGAAGACAUCGAGUACAUCGAAUACUCUCCACUGGCAGAACACCAGGGAUACAAGGAACUCGUGAACGGACGCUCGGGCUCAGAAAUCUCACCUUCCGUGGGGACCUCAAAACCCUCUGCCGAGAAAGCCACAGCAUCUAGCGAGGGGAACACGGGAGACCGCGUCUACAUUGGCGGGACGCCUCCUAGCCUGAGAACCUUGAGACACCGCUCUCUCGCUUGGAAGUUGACGACGGAUCUCCCUUGGGCAACCCUGCUACUCCCAGUCGUCAAUCAGUUGUUACGGAUGAACCCUCAACCCGCUAUCGAGCAACCCCUCAUCCUGGACCGCAGUCUUCUUCUUGGUCGUCUUCUCGUCAGUCUCCUGCCGCGACACAAUCCGCCGACUAUGCUGGGGUCCUCAUAG